AUGGCAAGCGAAGUGGAAGCGCGCGAAAAAAUUAUUAAAUUUUUUCAAAAGAAACCGCAGUGGUCGUUUAAGAAAAUUGCCAAAGAGGUAGAGGCUAACCCUAAAACAAUUUCUCGCGUUAUUAAACGCUUUAAGGAAGAUGUGCGUGUUGACAGGAAGAAAGGUUCUGGUAAAAAGACGGGGCCACAUGAUCGGGACAAAGCGAAGAACGUUGUUACCAUUCUCAAGAAAGACCCAAGCAUUUCGGGCAGGAAAUUGGUGAGGAAGACUGGCUGCUCAGAAUCUUUCGUACACAGGACGAAGAAAGAAGCUGGGCUGAAGACGUACAAGGUACAGAAAGUUCCGGAUAGAAACGCCGUAAAGAACGAAACCGCAAAACAACGAGCUAAGAAGCUGAAGAAGCUUUUUUCGAAAAAUUCGGAUGCUGCAUAA